AAUAAUCAUUGAACAUAAAAUAUUUUAAGUAGUUAUUUUUAGUUCUAAGCAUGGUAACACUAUAAGAAAUAGAAAAUGUAUUUUUUAUGCUGGCAACGCUCUCUUCUGCCAUUUUUCUCUGUGCCUAUGCACAUUCUUGUAAAACCAAUUUUACAAAAUAAACUCUAUAAGUUUAAUUAAAUUCCAGUCUGUUUCAUUUAUUGAACAGACUGAGUGGUCCUUCGAGCAAUUGAGCUAUCGUCAAAAGUGUUACACAUCGAAAAAGUGUCAGACAGGCUGAGUGCUGUGGUGCACGUUUUCAGCCGUGUGAGCGUCGGUGCGUGGGCCAUUUUCGUGAGCCCCCCUUGGAACAUCCGAAUCAAUAAGUCGGAAAGAGUGGUGCAGAUUUGGGUUUACAAUGCCGGACGACGAUUUGAGACGCUUGCGGAACAAACGAGGUAACCUCAAAGGAACAAUCACACGUAUCGAGAACUUCGUCAAUGAUCCAAUUCUAUUGGCUGCGGCGGGUGAGGACAUGCUUCAAGCACGUAAAAACAAGCUAGUGACUACACUCAAAGACUACGAGGAGGUAAACUUGGAUAUUUUAUCGCUCGACCCAGCAGACUCUGAAAAUGUUGCCGCCGUGGAGAACCAGUAUUACAAUGUGCUUUCAAAGUUGAGCCAGUGCUUAAAGAACUUGAAGAUGGAUGAAGUCUCUUCAGGUACAAAUGUUUCCACCUCCAAGUUGCCCAACAUCGACAUCCCUUCCUUCGAUGGGAAGGACUUCACCAAGUUUAAACCCUUUAUGGACCUGUUUGAUGCUGUAAUUAAUAAUAAUAAGUCUUUGUCCAAUGUACAAAAACUAUUCUAUUUACGAAAAUAUUUAACUGAUGAUGCUUUGGCAGUUAUUGUUAAUUUACCUAUAGUAAAUGAAUCCUAUUCCGAGGCUAUUGUGUUACUCAGGAAGCGGUUUGAUAAUAAGGCACGACUAAUAUCUAAUCACAUUAACAUUUUAUUAGAUCUGCCAUCAAUGCAGAGAGGCACUGCGGCUUCCAUAAGGUCGCUAAUUUCUGAUGUUCAACAGCAGUUAUACGCUCUCAAAAAUUUGGGUCAAUCUAUAGACAGCUGGGAUAUGCUAUUGAUAUCCAUUAUAUCGAAAAAACUUGAUUCUUACACCAAUAGGGCUUACCACCUCGAUAGAGUGGACAUUGAUAAGAUUCCUACAUUCAAAGAAUUUUUAAAUUUCUUAGAAAGAAGGGCUAUAGCCUUAGAAGAUAGUACUCCAACUAAAAGUAAUUACCAUGAUAGUGCCCAAAAACAUUAUUCAAAACCAUGUACAAACUUUAAGGCAAGCAAUUUUGUUUCUAACGGUAAUGAAAAAGGUUUAUGUGCGUUUUGUGAAAAACAAAAUCAUGCUAUAUUUAUGUGUCCUAAUUUUAAGUUGGCACCUGUGGAAGGCCGCAUAAAGUUCAUACAAGAUACAAACCGAUGUAAGAUCUGUUUAAAUUCUCACACUAAUAAAUGCAAAUUUAAUUUCAAAUGCAAAACAUGUAAACAAGGUCAUAACUCACUUUUGCAUGAAGACAAAAAUUCAAAAAAGGAAGUAAUUAUGUGUUCUAAUCAGUGUAGCCGUGCUGAGGUCCUUCUUCCUACAGUACAAGUAAAGGUAAUUGACAGGUAUGGCCGUGAAGUCUAUGUAAGAGCCCUUUUAGACAGUGGUAGCCAAGGUUCCUUUAUAAAGCAAAGUUUGGUUGACAAGUUAAAACUGAAUGUUCAUACAGACAAGCAAACCACAAUAAUUGGGAUAGGCAAUAAACAAUCUCAUUUAAACAAGUCUGUUGACAUUUCAAUUUAUUCAUGUACUCAUGAUCUAAAAUUCAAUGUAAAUUGUCAUGUUGUAGAAAAUAUUACAUCACAGCUGCCACAAAAAUACAUUAAUAUUUCUGGUUUAAAUAUCCCACAAAAUAUUAAACUUUCUGAUGUGAACUUUAACAUUCCUUCAGAGAUAUCACUUUUGCUUGGUGCAGAUUUGUAUUUCAAAAGUCUAUUAGAUGGGUGCAUUAGAUUGAAUAGUGGUCCAAUCCUACAAAACACACUUUUUGGUUACAUUGUAGCUGGAACAAUGAGUUGUAAUGAAACUGGUGAUAACAGUAAUAAUAACAUAGUUUCUUCAAAUUUUGUGAUGUGUGAGAACGAAAAUAAGUUAGAUAAAAUUAUGAAUCAGUUUUGGUUAGCUGAGAAAAUGCCUGAAGAGCAACCCAAGGUUAUUCCUGAAUUUACUAAGGCUGAACAAUCAUUUGUGAACUCUGUGUCUUUAAAAAAUAAUAGCUUUUCUGUUGACAUACCAUUGGUUAAACCCAUUGAAGAAUUAGACAUAGGUGAUAGUUUCUCAGCAGCUCUUCAGCGGUUUCUCGCAUUAGAAAAUAAAUUUAAACAUGAUCAUGAGUACUACAAAAAAUAUAAAAAUUUUAUAAGUGAAUAUUUACAAUUGGGACACGCCAAAAUAAUAGACAUAAACAGCUAUGAUGUUUACACUUCACCUGUCUACUUUCUGUCACACCAUGCUGUGCUCAAUGAAGACAGCCUAACGACCAAACUUCGUGUUGUUUUUAAUGGUAGCAUGAAAUCCAAAUUGGGUAUUUCUUUAAAUGACGUCCUUUUAAAUGGACCUGUCAUACAAAAUGAUUUGUUCAACAUUCUUCUUUUAUUUAGAACUUAUUUUUAUGUUCUAAUUAGUGACAUUAAAAUGAUGUUCAGACAAAUCUUCAUCAAUGAAAAGCACAGGCAGCUCCAAAAUAUUUUAUGGAGAGACAAUUCAUCAAUGCCUAUACUUUGCUUACAACUCCAAACUGUGACCUAUGGGUUAAAAUGCUCAACUUUUUUAAGUGCACGUUGCCUCUUGGAAUUAGCAACUAAGUUUCAAGACGAGUAUCCCUUAGCUGCAGAAGCAAUUAAAUCAAAUACAUAUGUGGACGAUGUGCUCUGUGGAGCAGACAAUAUAGAUUUGUUAAAUGAGCUCAAAAGUCAGUUAAUUGAAUUAUUCAAAAAAGGAGGAUUCACUUUGCACAAAUGGUGCUCCAAUUCUGAUGAGGUACUAAGUGAUAUACCGUCAACUCAGAAAUAUUUUGAUCAAAUAAACUUAAAUAAAGAUAAUGUCAUCAAAACAUUAGGCUUAAAAUAUGAUAUUGCUUCAGAUAAAUUUACUUUCACAUGCCCACCCUUUGAUGAGGCGAACUUAUACACAAAAAGAAAUAUUUUAAGCUUCAUUGGACAAAUGUUCGAUCCACUAGGGCUUAUUGCUCCCAUUAUAAUGAGUUUUAAAAUAUAUAUGCAAAUGCUAUAUUCAUUAAAAAUAGGUUGGGACUCCACCUUAACAUCUAAUCAAAUAUUUGAGUUUAAAAAUCUUUUAGAAAAACUAAAACUUAUGAAAUUUAUUGAAGUUCCUCGAUAUGUUACUAUGACUCAAGUGUCUUCAGUUGAAGUUGUGGGAUAUGCAGAUGCCUCUCUUAAAGGUUUUGGUUGCUGUUUGUACCUUAGAACAAUUGGGAAGGAUGGCACUGUGAAAAUGCAACUACUAUGUGCAAAAUCCAGGGUCUCGCCCUUAAGAAAAUCCCACACAAUCCCACAACUUGAACUGAAUAGUGCUUUACUUCUCGCACAAUUGGNUAAAACACUGUGCAUAGUGACAGCGAGGAUGGUUUCCUCCUUGAUAAAAGGGUGGCUACUGUUGGACAGAGGCCUCCCUGAGGAUUUCCACAAAGAUCGUUCCUGA